UUAAUGUAUAGGCUUGUUAUAUUAUUAGCACAAUAUGUAUAUUAAAAUAAGCCAAUUUGUGAUUUAUUCAAUUAAAAUAUUGCCCUCUUGCGAUUGGUUAAGUGGAAUAGGAACAUUUUGUUAUUAUACAUUUCCUUGUUAGCCAAGAAAAUAUUUACAAAUAGUUUGUUAGUCUGCGACACGUUUUGACUGUGACUAAGUGUUGAAUAGUGAAUUUUUGUUUAUUUGCUCUUACUUAUGAUGCACAAGAUCUCUUAUUACAAUUAGGAAUAAAAAAUUGGUAGAACGUCAUACCUAAAUUAUACUUAAAAAUGAAUAAUUAUAUUGAAUCUCCAAUGAAAAUUAAAGUUUAUAAGAAACGAUGGUUUAUUUUGAUUCUGUAUAUAUUAUACACCGCAAUAGGGCAAUUUCAAUGGGUAGAAUAUUCUAUAAUAAAAAAUAUUGUGCAAAAAUACUACAAUGUGAGUUAUACAACGGUGGACUGGACUGCAAUGGUUUUUAUGUUAGUUUAUCCCAUUUUUGUUGUUCCAGCUUCUUAUAUUAUAGAUAAGUUGGGAUUGAGAGUAGCAGGGCUGUUAGGAUGUUUAGGCACUGCAGCUGGAAUAUAUUUAAAAUUAUUUUCGGUGCAUCCAAAUUCAAUAUAUUUGGUAAUAAUAGGGCAAACAGUUGUUGGUGUAUCACAAUUGUUGAUACUGUCGCUUCCACCAAAAUUGGCCAUUACAUGGUUCGCCGAAAACGAAAUAUCGACUGCUUGCUCACUUGGUGUUUUCGGCAUGCAACUAGGUUGUGCAUUAGGAUUUAUCAUACCACCCACUUUAGUCAAAGAUCACGACAACUUAGAUGACAUUGGGUAUGAUAUAAAGUUAAUGUGCUGGGUUUUAGCUAUCGCUAUUACACCGGUUGCUCUUGGUGUUUUAAUAUACUUUCCUAAGGAACCGAAAUUGCCUGCUAAUAAUCUAAGAGAAAAUGAAGUUUUUUCUGUUAAAGCAUUCUUCCAUUCUAUGAUAAAAUUAUUUUUGAAUGGUGGAUUUGUAAUACACAUGAUAGCUUUUAGUAUAAGUGUAGGAUCCUAUACUGUUCUUGGAUCUCUAUUGAGUGCUUUCGUGCUCGAAUAUUUUGAGAAUGCCCAGGAAGACGCUGGUAGGAUGGGUUUAGUUAUGAUAGUGGCUGGCAUCAUUGGAACUCCGAUAGUUGGAUAUGUUUUGGACAAAACUCAUAGAUUUAAGGAAUCCUGUUUUAUAUCAGGAAUGCUUCAAGCAGCUAGUGUGGCUGUAUUAAUAUUUGCUUUAGAAAAGAGAAUGAAACUUUUGGUGUAUUUAUGUUUUACAAUUUUAGGUAUGUUCUUGAAUACCUACAUCCCUGCCGGUAUCGAAUUUGCUACUGAAUUGACGUAUCCAUCUACAGAAAGCACCACCACUGGAAUUCUAUAUGCGAUGUCGCAAGUUUUAGGAUUUUUGGCAACAUUAGUCCUUUCCAUUGUGACUGAGACAUACGGUACUUUAUGGGCACUGUCUAUUAUCAUGGUCACCAUGAUUGUGGGAGCUCUAAUGACAUUCAUCAUUCCAAAUAAAUUAAGAAGACAAGCUAGUUUAAAGGCAAAAGUUCCUAAUGGUUUUAGUUCAAUUCCUCAAGACGAUAUUUUGAAAUCAUGAAAUAAUAAAUUAAAUGUUUUAUGACAUGUAGUUUUUUUAUUGUCACUUCAAGCAUUUUGUAAUAAAACAUUAAAGAUAAUAACAGUUUAUUUGUUUAA